UUCCAUUUCCAGCACCAAGAGAAGCAAGACUUGCUAGUAUAUAAUACUGUUGUAAAAGUUCACUUUUACAAUCUAAUCGAAAUAAAAACCGUUGUCUAUCCGCCCACAAUCAAUACUAGGCAUACAAACGGAGCCCAGCGCGAAAAUGUCAAACAGACCCCCACCCCCAAACCACAGCAGCAUCGAGGACUACGGCCUCAUCGGGGACAUGCACACCUGUGCCCUGGUGAGUAAAAACGGCGAUCUGGACUUCUUGUGCUGGCCUGCGUUCGACUCCCCGUCGAUUUUCUGUCGCGUCCUAGAUAACGACAAAGGCGGCUAUUUCUCCAUCCGUCCGGGAGAAGACGUCAAGCCUAUGAGUAAGCAACGAUACAGAGCGUGUACGAACAUCUUGGAGACGCGGUGGAUUCACGAGGAUGGGGUGAUUACUUUAUCGGACUACUUCCCUGUAUUAAGCAAAAUACCGUCGCAUCCGGAUGUCUCCGCGUCAGCUUGGUGUUCCUGUGAUGUAGCCUCUGCAUGUGGUAUUUCGGGGUGGGGAUGUCAGUCGGGGGUGGUUAGGAAGGUUGAGUGUGUUCGAGGGGAGAUGGAUAUGGUUGUUGAAGUUUUUCCUGCCUUUGAUUAUGCACGUGGGCCGCACACUGGUCGAUGGCUAACCGGCCCUGAUGCGGGUCGUCGACUGAAUGCAUAUUCGUUCGAGGGCACCACGCAGAGCUUGCAGCUCAGUAUAUAUACCGGCCCCGAUCCAGCGGCUGAAGGGUCUGGUGCUACUCCAGAGAUCACGUUUGAGGUCGAUGACAGACCAAAUCUAAAAGGGCCGGGUCUUUUCAUGAGAAUGAAGAUGUUAGAAGGCCAGUCUGCCACAUUCCUGUUACAUAACAAUGAUAAAGCUCUCCCGAGUGGGAGAACUCUAGAACAUUACUUGGAUACAGUCGAGCAUGACACCGCCGAGUUCUGGGCAGACUGGAUAAGCCAAUGUACGUUCAGAGGCCAUUACCGCGAGCAAGUGGAACGAAGCCUCCUGGUACUGAAACUGCUUACAUACAAGCCGACUGGCGCUAUCGUUGCAUCCCCGACCUUCUCACUCCCGGAAAGCAUCGGAGGUUCACGGAACUGGGACUAUCGUUACUCGUGGGUGCGGGAUGCCGCAUUCGUCGUCUAUGUCUUUCUCAAAAACGGCUAUCCCAAGGAGGCUGAGUCAUAUAUUAAUUUCAUUUUUGAUCGGGUCUUUCCGCCCAUGAAAUGCGACUCCCAGCUGAAAAGACCGUUCCUACCGAUCAUGGUUACCAUUCACGGAGAACAUGAGAUUCCUGAGUCGGAGCUGGAUCAUCUGCAAGGAUAUAUGGGUAGCAAGCCGGUCCGGAUUGGGAAUGGAGCGGCGGAUCACACGCAGCUAGACAUCUAUGGAGAGCUCAUGGACAGUGUAUAUCUUUAUCACAAGCACGGCCGUCCCAUUUCGUAUGACCAAUGGCUUGCCGUUAGGCGCAUGAUUGACCAUGUCUUGGAGGUGGUCCACGAACAGGACAGGUCCAUCUGGGAAGUGCGUGGGAGACCGCAGAAUUUUGUGUACUCAAAGAUGAUGCUAUGGGUCGCGUUAGAUCGAGCCUUGCGGCUGGCGGAAAAGCGCUCGAACUUACCAUGCCCGGAUCGGAUCGAGUGGCUACGUGCGCGGGAUGAGCUCUACGAUGAGAUCAUGACCAAGGGAUAUAACUUCAAGGAUAAGUACUUCUGCAUGAGCUACGAGAGCCAGGACAUCUUGGAUGCAGCGGUUUUAAUUGCACCGCUAGUUUUCUUCAUCGCCCCCAAUGACCCCAGAUUUCUGAACACACUGAAAAGGGUCAUGUUACCUCAGGCGAAGGGAGGACUAUCGAUGGCGAAUAUGGUAUCUCGAUACGAUCAUACGAAGGUGGACGACGGUGUCGGAGGUCGCGAAGGAGCCUUUGUGAUGAUCACUUUCUGGCUAGUUGAAGCCAUGAUGCGAGCAUCAAAAGCAAUAUCCUACAAUGUGGACGAUCCGUUUUACCGGCAGCUACGUAAGUCAGCCAUUACACAUUUCGAUAAUAUGCUUUCAUUUGCAAACCACUUGGGCAUGUUCUCGGAAGAGGUAGCCAUCUCCGGUGAACAGAUUGGCAACACUCCACAAGCCUUUAGCCAUCUGGCAUGCAUUAGCGCGGCAAUGAAUCUAGGUGGAUCAGAUUGAGAGUGCUCCUAUAUUGGUGUAAUUACAGAAGUGUUGUACUCAUAUUGGGAAUCAUUACUGGAGACAUUUCCAUAUGUGGCAGCUUAAUUGGA